AUGUACCGUUCUUCCAAAGAAUGGAAACUCGCGAUAAGACUAGACGUAACUUUUAUGUAUAAUAGACUAGAACAGUUGCGAAGAAUGUUGGACAAUACCGGAGACUUGUGCGGCAACGAAAAAAUAUUUAGUAAAAAUAAAGAGUUCUGUGACAGUUUUUCUGGCGAGUUACGGCACAGGGAAUUCAAGGUCAUCGGUUCCGUAGCCAAAGUGUUAUGUGGCACCAUAGACGCAGAAGACGAGAAAGUAAUCUCGGAGCAGUUGCAAUUAAUAAGAAAGAAACAGGCCGUAUUGCAGCAUACUGUAAAAACUCAAUUACAAGUAAUUAAUGCCACGAUUGCUCACGUAGACGAUGUGGAAAAUAUCAUAAAAAGAAAUGAGAAUAGGCUGCGGGAAGCAGUGGUAAGAAUAACUCAAAAAAUUGAUGACUACGCACAACAGCAAGAACUGAGAGACUAUUUCCUUGAGCUGGGCAGUUUGCUGACAAAGAUGGAACUCGAUGCCGAGGGAAUAAUUGAGUACGUUACCGACGUGCACACUAAGUAUGCAAAAUUGGAAAUAGUGCCACUUGAGCAAAUCAUACAUAGCCUGAAAAAAGCAAAUAACCAAUUCAUGCGGGACCUGCGUUUUCCUUUUACUGUGACUCUAGAAAACUGGUUAGAAAUNAAAAGGUUUGUCACGGUUAAUGUCUAUUGUAAGGACUCGAAUAUAUUCACGAUUGUAAAAUUUCCGUUGGUCAGUUCCGGUAGUUACAAUGUGUACAGGGUAGUACCCUUACCAGUACAUGAACGGGACGACGUGUUCGCGGCGGUGCUAGUCAAGCACCCAGUGGUGGCAAUAGACAAAAAUCGUCAAACGUACUCUGUACUAAACAAAAUACAGUGGAAUAGUUGUAUAAGCGCAAAAAAUCGUUAUGUGUGUAAAAAUGUGGAUUCAAUGUAUCGAUUCUCGCAAGGAGCGCCCUGCAAGUUACAAAUGUUUAUAAACAAGGAUGGUAGCUACAAAGACUGUGAAAUCGACCACAUGGUUUCCAACCAAACCGUGUGGGUACGAUUAACAAAAGCGCGCGUAUGGUUGUUCUUGACCUUGAAGGAAGAAACUUUACGAAUUACGUGCGAAAACGAAUCAGAAAGAAUGGAGGUCAUAUCCGGAGUCGGGAAAAUAGAGCUGCCGGAGCAAUGCAAAUUGACCACAGCAA